AGAGAAUGAUUUUCUGAGUCAUUAAAUUACUUUUGUUUUCUUCAUAAUUAUAGUGGAAAAAUGCACAUUUGAAAGCAGUUGCUCAGCCCUGCAGUUUGAUGUCUUUAUCAUUCCCUCCAACAGCAGAGGCAGGAAUCCAGCAAGCAUCACUGAGCAGAACCAUGAGCAGCAACCUCUCCCAACCGGCUCUGCUGCUUUGCUAUGAGAAUGUGGCUGGGUCCUGUAUUAAGACUCCCUACUCUGCUGGCUCCCAGGUGGGGCCAUGUGUAGGAUUUGGCUCUGGGACCGGGCUGGCUGUCUUUGGAAACCCACUGGUGAUAAUCUCAGUCCUCCAUUUCAGGCAGCUGCACUCUCCAGCCAAUUUCCUGGUCACCUCUCUGGCCUGCACUGACUUCUUGGUGGGAGUCACUGUGAUGCCCUUCAGCAUGGUCAGGUCCGUGGAGAGCUGCUGGUACUUUGGAGCUACAUUUUGUACCCUUCACAGCUGCUGUGAUGCAGCAUUUUGCUACUCUUCUCUCUUCCACCUGUGCUUCAUCUCCGUGGACAGGUACACGGUGGCUCCUGGCCCCCUGGCCUACCCCAUCAAGUUCACGGUGUCUCUGUCAGGCAUUUGCAUCGGUGUCUCCUGGAUUCUGCCCAUGAUGUACUUUGGUGCCAUGCUCUACACAGGUGUCAAUGACAAUGGGAUGGAAAGUUUAGUGAGUGCUCUCAACUGUGUAGGUGGCUGUCAAAUAGUUGUUAAUCGAGAUUGGGUUUUGAUAGAUUUUCUGUUAUUCUUCAUACUUACCCUUAUUAUGGUAAUUCUUCAUAGUAAAACUUUUUUGGUAGCCAAACAGCAAGCUGUCAAAAUUGAAAGUACUCUGGGUACUUCUUCAGAAUUAUCCUCAGAGAGUUACAAAGCCCGAGUAGCCAAGAGGGAGAGAAAAGCAGCCAAAACCCUGGGAGUCACAGCGGUAGCAUUUAUUAUUUGCUGGUUACCAUAUACAGUGGACGCAUUAAUUGAUGCUUUUAUGGGGUUUAUCACUCCUACUUAUAUUUAUGAGAUUUGUUGUUGGGGUGCAUAUUAUAACUCAGCCAUAAAUCCUGUAAUUUAUGCUUUAUUUUAUCCUUUGUUUAGGAAAGCCAUAAAUCUUAUUUUAAGUGGAAAAGUUUUAAAGGACAGUUCAUCAACUAUGAGUUUAUUUUUGCAAGAAGUGUGA